CUAGGCCUCACUGCUCAGCAUGAUACAGAAACAUGGUUACAACGAUGCCAAGACUGUCGGGCAUCCGCAUCAGGCUUUCCGCACAGUUGUUUGUUGGAAAAUACUCAUUACGACAAUACCUAGGGAUAGCUUUGACAGGUUUACAUGCGUCGUGUUGAUUGAAUGCGAGUGAUAGAGAAGGCUAGGAGCUUACUCAUCUCGGCAAUCCCGCCAGUGUUAUUCAUGUGCCAUACGGAUCAGAUCAAGCUCGACACGUUCUCUGUCGAGAGGAAGGGCUCAUUCAUCCGGAAUCUUCAUAGCAACAGAGUUGAUGAUUAUCCUGAGGGGUCUGUUGUAAUUUGUGAGUGUCCUGGAAAUUACAUGCAGGCUCGAGAUUCGCUAGUGCAUCUUGGGCUGUGGAUACAACAGAUGUCACAGGGUGGAUUCAUACGCUCUGUAGCCUAUCUGGCAGCAACAUGUGCCGAUUCGGGAUCAGCACAAUUUUCGACGCCUGACCCACCCAGUUAUCUGGAGCUCAUGCACAUGAGUCACCUUCAUGGUCGGCGUUCGGGAGAAGAGGGUCACGCCUUCGAGCGCUUUUGGACGAUCUCAGCCUUAUCCCAGGACACUAAUUACGCAUCUUCAUCGACUCACCAAAGUAUUCACAGUCACACUAUUCUCAACCUUCCCCAGAAUCCGAAGAAUUCUAUCAUGGGGUCGGCCCUGGAUAAAGCAGCGCCAGAAUUUUAAGUGAUCCUCAUGAACAACUUACCGAGCUUCCACCAGCGAUUGCCUCGCUAGAUUUGCUGGCUUCUGUAAAAUAAACUGGUUUCGAAUCCCUCGAA